GUCCCUUUAUUCAAAUAAAAAAUCUGGGAAACGUAAUUUCUGCCUGGUGCGCGCGCUCUGGUGUGACGUAGAAAAGCUCGAGGCAGCGAGCGCGGGCGUGCUUUUACACUCAGAUCUUGCUCGAGAGCAGAGGACUGGCAGCCAACGGUUUCACUGAAGAGCGAAAAUAUUAAUUAAACACAAAAAUAUUUUCACACGACGGUUUGUGUCUGUGAGGUUAUGGGCAGGACGCUGUAGAGCAGCACGACGUGUCGUUUUAUCCGCGGAAAUAAUAAUGAUGAAGAAGGAUAUUAACUUCGACUCAGACCUAAAACCUCACCUCCGCGACGCCGAGAGCAUCCUCAGCUCCCCGGACCUGGGGCUGCUCAAACUGGCCUCCCCCGAGCUGGAGAGACUGAUCAUCCAGUCCAACGGCAUGGUCACCACGACACCGACCAGCGCCCAGUUCCUGUACCCGAAGACGGUGACGGACGAGCAGGAGUUCGCGGAGGGCUUCGUGAAGGCGCUGGAGGAUUUACACAAGCAGAACCAGCUGGCCGGAGUCGAGCAGACCAGCAGCAGCCUGGAUCUGAGCGCCAACAUCCCUCCGGUGACCGUGCAGCCGGAUCCACCAGUAUAUACAAACCUGAACAGUUACGGCACUGGGCCACUGGGAACCACUGUCAACUACGCCACGGACACAGUCCCUUUCCCGCCUCCUCCGUCACUUCAUUUCGGGGGAGCCCCGCCGCAGCCGGAGCUCUCCCGGGUCCAGCCACCGAAGGAGGAGCUUCAGACGGUCCCCGACGUGCAGAGCUUCGGUGACAGCCCGCCGCUGUCUCCCAUCGACAUGGAGUCACAGGAGCGCAUCAAAGCCGAGAGGAAGAGGCUCAGGAACCGGAUAGCGGCUUCCAAGUGUCGGAUGCGCAAACUGGAGCGGAUCUCUAGACUGGAGGACAAGGUCAAAACGCUGAAAAACCAAAACACCGAUCUGGCCUCGACGGCGAACCUGCUGAGGGAACAAGUGGCCCAGCUGAAACAGAAAGUCCUCACUCAUGUCAGCAGCGGCUGCCAGCUGCUGCCACACGAAGUUCAAGUGCACUAGUCAGACAGACAGAGAGGCUACUGAUCAGCAUAUAAGCUUGACGGACUCUAAUGUUGUUUCUCUGUAUGAAUGAAGCCCAGAUGUGUGCCGUUAUAGUGGGAUGAACGCCAGGCCACGCAGGCCAAACUGUAUAUUAAUAAUGGACUGUUUAAAUGGCUGUUAACAUAACGUGUACAACAUGAUUUAAGGCUUUUUUUUGGUGAUGACACUCUCUCUAAGCUAUAAAUUCGCUAUAAAUUGAAUUUUCUUUCGUAGAAAAUGCCCAGAAUAGAUGUCCACCAGGCGCCUCCACCCGGUGGAGACAACCAAGUGUCAAAUCAGUAAUAAUCUCUUGAUUAUUAAAUAAAUAAAAGCUUAUUGGUUUAUUAUAGUUAUCCCGAAAUGAAGAGCGUUUCCCUUUAAUUAUUUAUAUGCAUCAAAUCAUGUUUUACCACGUUUAUAUGUUUACCGGUGAACAAGGCAGCAUUAAACUGCCAGAUUUCUCAAUGGGCUUUGGUAAAUGGGUUUUCCUCACGAGAGAAAGAGGCACUUACUGGGACUAUAUGCUCAACAAGCAGCACAUAUCUGAUGUUUUAUUUUCCUGUAAAAAUGUUUACAGACUGACUGUGUCUCAAACCUGGACCAAACAGAUUUUUAAUAUUUCUACAGUAAUAUGCACAUAUGACACAGAUAUCCAUAAUAUAUGAGGGAUUGGCUAUAAGGGGAAUGCAUAUAUACACAUACAUCCACAUUUGAUAUGUAAGAGAUAAUCUACAUAUGGGCCAUACAGCCUAUUUAACAUAUAUUUAUGUUGGGACCAAUUUGCAUGUUGUUGACAAACUCGAAUGUUGCCCACAGCUGGGUGUCAGGGUGCAGUUAAUCAGUGUUCAUUAUGUUUACCCUUUACAAACACAUGUAUUCAUUGAUUUUUUAAUUUUUUCUUGUUUUACUCUACUGUGUCCCUAUUUCAAUGUGUUCUUGUUUUUAAUGUGAAGAGUCGUUUUUGUUGCACUGACUGUUGCUGUCACCUCAAGCCUACAGUUAUUUGACUAAAAGAUAUGCCGCUGUGUUUUGGAUUAAAUGCUGCUCGGCAAUAAACACUGUUUCCUCUA